AUGCCCCCUGUCACUGAGGACAAUGCAUCGCCGACCCAUGGGGUAACCUUCCUCACAGAUCUGCCCGAAUCUUUCCAGCCCACUAAGAAAGCGGCCCCAAGCAUUCUCGCUCUGCUCAAGCGGGAGGGGCCAUCGUCGGUGAAGGGCAAAGAUGUAAAGUUCCUCGAGAAGAUCCACUUCGCGCCUCCUGCGGCCUCUGCCGACUACUACGACUCCUUCCCGAUGAGCCCUGGUGUGGACUAUCUGGGAUCUCUCGUCCAGUUCAGAAGCUUCGAACGCAUGCAAAUGAUGCUCGCCAAUCUGCGCGUUCGGUGGCCCAAAACCUGGUGCUUCUGUGGACUGGACACGUACUUGUUCAACAGCGUCACCUCCAGGAAGAAGGGAAUCACUGUGAAAUACGAUUUCGAUCGAGAAGAAGAAGCACUCCGAAUCUCCAAGCUUGAGGAAGCGUCCGAUGGAAACAUUCCCGCGUUCGUUUUCAAGCAGCGUUCCUAUGGUGCGAACAGCCAUCUCAAACGUACUUCUACUACGGCACUAACCGUCACAAAUGCCCUUGUGAGGCUACAGGAAGCCGGGGGUGGUCAGUCCACCCAAAUUCUACAGAAGUUCAUCAAAGGCCCAGGAGAGCAGGCAUGCAUAACGAGAGUCUGCUAUCGAUGCAAAUAUCCGAGGAAGCCUGUGGGCUACUCCAUCGCGAACGGCUACUGCCCCUCUGAACUCGAGGCAACGAGUGGCAAGGCUCACGGUGACUUGACACAACAAUACUGCGCAUCUACCGACACGUCCGUCCCUGGUGGCCUCGUUGUAGCCAAACGAAGCAGUGGGAAGGCCCUCGAGGAUGCAGCCGAAGUGGCUGAGAGAAUGCUCAAAUUUUCCGAGAACUACUUCAUGCUAAAGUUAGAGUGGAUAGUCGUGGACGUCCUCACAGAUAAGAAGGGCAAGCUGUGGUGUUUGCAG